CAGCAGUCACACAUCAUCGGCGAUACCGUAACUCAUCGGCCAUCUGAAUUCACGGCAUAGCAGAAAUUGGGAUGAAUUUUGCAGACUGCAAUAAUCUGGAUAUUCUGACUAUUUAAACUCUGAACAAUCUUGAAAUGGCGAGAGGAUUCUUCGUGAAUUUACUGUUAGAAAUCGCUAUCAAUAUCCUGUCAUGGCUCCCCCCUAGAACUGUUAUUCGUUGCAAGUGUGUUUGCAAAUCAUGGCUUAAGCUACUCGACACUCGCGAGUUUGUCAAGUUACAUCUUUCUAAGUCAGUCCCGGGGAUGGCUGUUGUUCGGUCUAAUGUGGAGACGAACUCGUACGAAAUCUUUGAAUUUGAAGACAAGCUUGAUCUUGAACGCCAUCAUCUCCGCUACAGCUCGGUCACCAAGUUUGUUUUCCCUCGCGCUGCACUGAUACGGGGUUCAGCUAAUGGGUUGCUUUUUCUGACCGGCAAGCGACCUUGUGAACUUUAUGUAUGCAACCCUAUAACACGACGAUUUAUCAAGCUUCGUCCGAAUAUAGACUCUCCCCGCUCUUCAUCUGAUAAAGUCGCGUAUGGAUUUGGAGUGACCAAAACGACUGGCCAACAUAAGGUGGUUAGGAUUGUCUACGACUACAAAUUCGAAACAAAGGAUUCGCCUAAUAUUAGGCUUACCGAAUCUCGUUGCGAGGUGUACACUCUUGGAACUCGAACAUGGAGAAGCGUCAUACCCGUUGCCCUGAUACUGUUUGACAGAAUUGGGAUAUUUCUUAACGGAAAUCUUCACUGGUUGGUGGCAGAUCCAAGCACGCCACCACAAAUUUCUUGCUUUGAUCUCGAAACAGAGCUUUUCAGCACCUUCUUUCAUCCCUCUCUGGUGAAUGGAGGGUCUGUCGGGAGCUUGUCAGCUUUGGCGGGUAGCCUAUGCCUUUGUGAUAAUUCAUCCGAAGAAAAAAUCAUCAUCUGGGUUUUGGGGGAGUAUGGGGAUGAGACAUCUUGGACAAAGGAAUAUGUCAUUAAAAAAGACCGCGACGUUUGUAGAGACUAUAUGCUUGUUUCGCCUAUCAAAAUUUUCGAAGAUGGUGACAUUCUGAUGGAAUAUGAAGAAGACCUGCUGUUCUACUACUCUGACAAGACGAAAACUAUUAGGAAGAUUGAGAUGUCAUGUUUGAAGCUUGUAGUGGAAAUCAUUUUCGUGUGAAUGCAAUUCUCCACACCCCAAGCUUUCUAUCACUGAGAAAUUUUGGAAAGGAGCUAGAACCAACCUUCACCGAGGAUCACUAUGAGCUUUUAACUUAAUCUAGUGCAGGAAAUUGGUCUAGGAAUAUUUGAAGCUAAAGCAUCUGUGAUUUAUGGAUACAAGAGCCAUGGAGCAUCUGCUCAAGUUUGAAUCUCUGAUGGUAAGUACAUAAUAUUCUUGAGAUUAUGGUUUGAGAUGAACACCCUUAUAAUGACAUUGCAUAAUGAGUUAAUGACCAUGAUAAUACAUUUAUAAUCCGAUCUAGGCCCUCCAUUUUCUGAUCCAAUGGCUUAUAAUAGGUCUUUGCUUUGCACUUUGGGGCCAAUUUCAACCUAGUGUGACUCUCUCUAAAUAUAUAUUUGCUCUCUCUGAUAUAGCAAUCGUUGUAUAGAAAAAAGAGUAUGAUAAUGGUGUCAAACUGUCAAUAUAUAAAUCGAUUUAGAAGCAUGUUUCCUAUUUGAACUAUAACAUUUUUUUUAUUAAUAAUUAACGAGGUCAAUGCAUUAAGGGAAAAUUGCCAUUUGAGUUA